AUGACGACCGAGAUCCCGCAGCAGCAUUUGGAUCCGUCUGAUCCUGCGCGCUCCAGACCACCUGAGAGCGCAGCGCUGCUCGGCGCGCAGGCGGGGAUGGAGAGCAUCCACGAUGCCGCGAAAGGGAAGAGAGGAGGAUCCGGGAUGAGGCGCCCAGAAAAGCCUCCAUACUCCUACAUCGCUCUGAUUGUCAUGGCAAUCCAAAGCUCUCCGUCCAAAAGGCUCACGCUGAGUGAGAUCUAUCAGUACCUGCAGGCCAGGUUCCCCUUCUUCAGGGGGACGUACCAGGGAUGGAAAAAUUCCGUCAGGCACAAUUUGUCCCUGAACGAGUGUUUUAUCAAACUCCCCAAAGGUCUGGGCAGACCGGGGAAGGGGCAUUACUGGACGAUCGACCCCGGCAGUGAGUUCAUGUUCGAGGAGGGCUCCUUUCGCCGCAGGCCGAGAGGUUUCCGCAGAAAAUGUCAGGCGUUCAAGCCUCUGUACCGGAUGGUGAACGGUGUCGGGUUCGGAGCGGCGAUGGUGCCGCAGAACUUUGAGUUCCAAACUCCCUCUGGCUCUCUGGGAUGUCACAGCAGCUACAGCUUAGACCUGAUGGGCAACCCGGUUCCGAGUGGCUUUGAGGGACUCGGGGGAGGAUACCACUGCCAGCACGCGCCCUCAGGCUCAUCCGGCUUCAUGGCUGCUGCGUGUCCGGCGGGCUCCAACCCAGACUACGGUCCGGACUACAGCAGCAGCCCCCAGCAGUCCUCCCCGGCGCUGGACGGCCAGCCUGCAUAUGCGCACGCGGCCUCUCAGUGGAGCUCACCGGGACUCUCAUACAUCAAACAAGCACCUCUGGUUCCGAGCAGCCCAGACUCUGGUACCGUGCACGCGGGCGGGUCAAGUUCCUCUUUGGAUCAGAGCUAUCUGCACCAUCACGCACGAGACUCGUAUGAAAGCUCAGUUGGAUUGUCCCGUUAUUCCAAUCCCUCCUCUGCUCCCGCGCGCGACAGGAAAGAGUUAGUUUUAAACCUGAAUGGGAUCUCUCCUCUUCAUCCCAGCACUGCAGCCCCCUACUAUCAGCUCCAUCAUCCUCAUCAUCACCAUCAUCACCACCAAAGCGUUUAUCAGGAUGUGAAGCCUUGCAUCAUGUGACAGGAGCGAACAAAAGCCAACAGACUCUUUUCACAUGAACAGUCAUCAUGAAUGCAAACCUGCUUCCAGCUGGAAGUUUGAAUAAUCCGUUUUUUAGCAGCCUAACGUGAGAAGGAUGUUCUUCACAACAACUGAAUGUGAAAACAAAAUAACUUUCUGUUAUAUGUUGGAGAAUAAACAUUUAAUUAUUUAGCUGUUUUUGAUUUUUUUAAUUUAUCACCCUCUGCUUUUACAUUUAU